CGUGUUGUGUUACGUAAUUAAUAUUCAUAAGCCGAGCCUUUAAUUCUCCCCGUGCUCCUCUGUUUGGUUGUGUCCGCUGGAGUGCGCUGAGUUCAGAGCGAAGAAACUGCUCUGAAAAGUCAAUGGAUUUGUAUGCCGCAACACUGGACUAUUGGUUUAUCAUUUAAACACAACAACUUAUCUGUUAUUCAUGCGUCAGUGGAGUGAUUUCAUUACUGACAUUUUGCUUUUUUGGCUACUCGAGCGAUGCGGUUACCGGCUUUACCUCAGCUGAUGAGGAUGAUUUAACGUUACUGACGCGUGAUUGACUGUAAACAAACCGACGUGCCUUUAAAACGUUUGCGAAAGGAUUUACUUUUACAGGUCAUAAAGUGUGUUCUGCAGCGGUGGCUCCUCCUUCAGGUCAAUCGCGGUACUGCCCAAACCUCUGCAGGACAUAUGACUGUUACCAAAAGGUGAGAAGGUAAACUUACAAUCAGGAGGCAGUGAGGAGACGCAAACAACUAAUGACAUGGAGGUCAAAAGUCACCUGAUAACAAGCCCUGAUGUACUGGCCGUUGUGGACAGUAAGCAGCGAGCGGAGCGGAUGGUGGAGCUGCAGGAGCGCAGGAGGAGCCUUCAGUCGCUGCUCAACACUCGACUAGCAGAACUCAAACGCCUGUGUCUGCAGGAGGCGGAGUUGACAGGUGAAGUUCCUCAUGAAUAUCCUCUGGAAAGCGGAGAGAAAGCUCCUCAUGUGAGACGCAGGGCUGGUCUUUCCCGCAGCAGCUCCAAACAUAACACGAAAAAUGAGGAAGAGGACGGCUCUCAGCGCAAGACAAAGAAAACCCUGUUCAGCGGCGCCCUCCGCAGGCACACCGAUGCAGAACAGCAUCCACAGCACAGCAAACGCACGGUUCAUAGAGGAUGCCACACAGAGAACACAGUGAAGUCGGAGAGCAGCUCGACGUCUGACUCCACCAUUCAGGACACUGAAGACGUCUCUGACAGUUUGUCACCCUCACGUCUUAAGCUGGUCUCCGGGAGUCCAGACAACAGAAUUUCUCGAAAACUCUCCCCUGUGGAGAUCUACUAUGAGAUGAAAACACGCCGCAAUUCUGUGGCCAGCUCAGCCAGCCCGAGUCACUCUCUUCCCAGAAGUGUAUCAAAUCUGGAAGGACGAAGUGUACCAGCAACUCCUCUCCUGUCCCGUAAUGGAAUAACAGGAGCACACAUCAGGUCAGAAUCAUCCAGCGGCACUGCAGUUGUGAAGCAGUGGUCAGACAAUCCCGAGGCGCCCCUGCAGGUGCCUGUUCAGUCUCAGGAGGGGUCCUCAGGGUCCUACGAGCAGGGCCACAGACGCAGCAAUAGCUCGGAGACGUUACUGGACCGGCAUGGCUCCGCAGCAGAGGACGGAGCUCAGAGGCCAGGACGAAACGGCCCAUACAAGAGCUCAGAAGCACUGAUGGACACCACUUUAAAACAGCCCCAGCGGAGCAGCCCCGAACGCCAGAUAAACGGACACACUGAACUGUCCCGUGUACGUUCGACAGUAGGAGGUCGAGGCUCAAAUGGAGGUGGUGGUUACAGUGAAAUCCUCAUGGAUUACGUGUGGGGAAAGCAGCAGAAGAUGCAACAACAAAGACUUCAAAAUGGUCCAAAAACUAGACCGUGGCCUGAAGGUCCCAAUGCUCCACCGCCUCCCUACAGAAACGGCUUUCCCCAAUCACAGCAGCUCAUCCUGGGUAACGGCCCUCCAGCUUACAGCCCGCUAAUGCUAAGAGGAAAGCCUGGCGAUCCGCGGAGAGUCAAAGUGACACGGACUAAAUCCUGCGGGCCAUUUGUUUCCUCACAGCAGCACCAGCAAGAAUCCAUUCUGCUCUCGGCGUACACUGAAAACAAUGGUAACACAGGGCAGAAGGAGCACUCACAUAGGCCGCCCCAUUACCCUGUUGAAUCCUCUGGCCCCACGACCCCUGAUGACCCCACACGCAGCCUGCACAAGGCGCUGGCGCUGGAGGGAUUGAGGGACUGGUAUCUGAGGAACGCACUGGGACAGACGGCCACCGGAGGGAAGGGUAAAGACGGAACGCAGACGCAGCGCAGGCGGACCACCUCCUCUCUGCACAACUCACACCCACUCAAACACCAGCCUCAGUCCUUCCAGACGGACACAGCAUAUUCACAGAUGACCCAGUCGGCCACGUUUCAUGGACACCCUCUGCACGGCAGGUCAAUCGAGCUUUCUUUGUACCAGGAAUCCUUUUCAUCAAAAACGCAGGAAGUGACACUAACAGACAGCAGUAAUGACAGACCCACGCCGGGGACUCUGGUCUGACACGCAAAAACAAACACAAAGACACUACAGCAAACACCAGCCUAUGGCAGACUUUUAAAAUAGAGAAUUUGUUUCCUUACAGUGGAUACAACUGAAUAAUUCAACAAAUAAUUACAGAAAUCAGUCAAGCAUCUUUUUUUAUACUAAAAAAUGCUAAGCCACCACAAACAAACACAUGUGCUCAAGACACUUUUCAGCAAGAAAUCAAGCUGUCUUCUUGUUUCACGUCAUCUCCAGGUUUUUGUAGACUUGUUAUAUAUACAAUAGUUCGGUAAAUCUCCCUGUAGAUCAGAAAAAGUAGUAGAAAGCUAUAUAAAUAGACAUCAUGUCAGCACAUUCCUAUUAUUAAACAACAAUAUUAUUUA